AUGAAGGAUUUGUUGAAUGUGAGUGAUGACAUUCGCAUCUCAGGCAGCGCAGAGAUUGACGAAGUGGGUGAGCCAUCGCUGGUCAUACUUGAUACCGGUAUUGCCAUUGAGGAAACAGCGCAAAAUUUGGAAAACUUACGACUUCUGUUUCGAGCUGUUGUGGACAGGAAGGGCCGUGAUGUUGGUGAACUGCUACUCACACAUUCUCCGAAGCAGAACUGUAAAGAUCCAGAUCGGUUUUGUGAGGAAGUGGACCGAAUUGUUCAGAUUGCACGCUCCAAAAGCAGCUUACGAAAACUGAAUAUAUCGGAAAUGCUAAACGAGCUGUUUUCAAUUGUGCGACGCCAUGAAGUCUCACUCGAUCCCUCUUUCACCACAGUCAUUUUGGCAGUGAUGGUUUUGGAAGGUUUGGGUCGUUCUCUUGAUCCUGAUCUAGAUCUGUUUCAUUGCGCUCGGCCAUUUUUAUAUUCCAUGAUUUAG